CCUCCGAAGGCGACACACGUAGCCGCGCUCUCUGCAAAUAAAUCGCGAAGCUACCGGCCUUCCACUCUCCCCCUAACGUAACUAGCGAGGAACGGUCCCAAACUAUUAAUUUUAUCGUUUACAUACCUUUAACAAUUUUUUUUAUUCUGUGACUGUGAUAAAAUGUUUUUCGUAUUGUGAAACCUGUUUGACGAGGUGCAUUCCGAAAUCAAGAAAAUUAUGUGGUUGGAAGCCAUCGAGGACAUCUUACAUAACAUAACGAGGACCCUGCGGAAAGUAGACCCCUGUAACACCAGCUUACGGUAGUCCACCGGCUGAAAUCAAUAUGGAAGGACGGUUCACAGUUUCGACAGUGGAGCCAGAUUCCAAGAAGAAUGGCAUUCACCUGGGCGCCAGUAUCAUCAGCCGGCCUCUCCGGAACUCUGCGGAGACCGCCGAGCGAGGAGUGGCCAACAACAACCAGCCCGACACCUGGCUCCAUGACGCGGGCUGGAGGAGGAAGCGCUCCCUGGCCCAGCUCACGAGGGAGGCCCUGCCCAGGAUGGAGAACUACAGGAAUUCCAAAAGAGCUUUGAAGAGACCCAGUCUUGGUGAAUUACACGGAGACCAUCUUAUUACAGAGGAGGACGAAAAAGACCGAAGAGAUACAAAAUCUCCUACGCCACCGCACGGCAUCAAAUUAGGAUGGAUUCAAGGCGUGCUGAUACCAUGCCUCCUGAACAUCUGGGGGGUGAUGCUGUUCCUCCGCAUCUCGUGGGUGGUGGCGCAGGCCGGCAUCGGGCUCUCUUUGCUCAUCAUCGCCAUCUCAGCGGUCGUGUGCGUCAUCACCACAUUGUCUAUGAGCGCUAUUUGUACCAAUGGGGAAGUGAAAGGAGGUGGAAUCUACUACAUCAUCUCCCGGUCCCUGGGCCCCGAGUUCGGCGCGUCAGUCGGCAUAAUCUUCGCGUUCGCCAACGCUGUAGCAGCGAGUAUGAACACAAUUGGGUUCUGCGACUCCCUGAACGACCUGCUGAAGAGCCACGGAGUAAAGAUCCUGGACGGAGGCGUCAAUGACGUGCGGCUAGUGGGCGCCGUCGCCUUGCUCGUAAUGUGCAUCAUCUGUGCCGUGGGCAUGGACUGGGAGAGCAAAGCCCAGAAUUUCUUGAUCGCAAUCAUUGUGGGAGCCAUGGUGGAUUUCAUAGUAGGCACCAUCAUGGGGCCCAAGACCGAUGAGGAGAUUGCACGAGGCUUCGUCGGAGUUAGUACCUCCGUGUUCGAGAGAAAUUUCUACCAAGAUUUCCGGUAUAGUGAAAAGCAAGACCAGAACUUUUUCAGCGUGUUUGCCAUAUUUUUCCCGUCCGUCACGGGCAUCCAGGCCGGGGCCAACAUCUCUGGAGAUCUCAAGGACCCAGCAUCGGCCAUACCCAAGGGCACACUGCUUUCCUUGCUCAUAUCUAUGGUGAGCUACGCGCUCAUGGUGCUCAUGUCCGGCGGCGGAGCCCUAAGGGACGCUAGCGGUAACGCCACGCUUAUCGUCAACGGCACUUACAACGUCGACGAGAUUAGCACCUGUCCCCCCGGCGGCUGCGAGUACGGCCUUCAUAACAGCUAUUCGGUAAUGCAACUGAUGUCAGCCUGGGGACCCCUGAUUUACGGCGGCUGCUGGGCGGCCACACUGUCCACGGCGCUGACCAACCUGCUGUCGGUACCCAGGCUCAUCCAGGCUCUGGGCAUCGACCGCAUCUACCCAGGCCUCAUCUUCUUCUCCAAACCCUAUGGAAAACACGGCGAGCCGUAUCGCGGAUAUGUUCUGACUUUCCUUGUGUCACUCGCUUUCCUUUUGAUAGCUGACCUGAACACGAUUGCUCCCCUCAUCUCCAACUUCUACCUGACAUCUUACGCGCUCAUAAACUUCUGCACCUUCCACGCAGCCCUCGUACGGCCUCUGGGAUGGAGACCAACGUUCCGGUAUUACAACAUGUGGCUGUCGCUGGCCGGGUUCCUGAUGUGCGUGGCCAUCAUGCUGCUGAUCAGCUGGCAGAUGUCGCUCGUCACAUUCGCCAUCUUCUUCACGUUAUACCUCAUCGUGCACUACCGCAAGCCUGACGUAAAUUGGGGUAGCAGUACCCAAGCCCAAAUGUACAAGACGGCGCUAUGCAGCGCUUUCACCCUGGCCCGCACUGGAGAGCACGUAAAGAACUACUGGCCGCAGCUGCUCAUACUGGCCGGCACUCCGCAGACCAGGCCGGCGCUCAUAGACCUCGGCCAUCUGAUUACCAAGGCCGGCUCGCUCAUGAUCGUUGGGGAUAUUUCUGAGAAAAAACUUUCAUAUAAAGAACGUGCUGCACGAUUCCGUUCUAGCGACGAAUGGUUGCGAGGGCGCAAAAUUCGCGCUUUUUGCAGCGGCGUACACGGCUUUUCAUUCGAGCUGGGAGCGCGCGCUCUCAUGCAGGCGGGCGGCGUGGGGAGACUGGCGCCCAACGUGUUGCUCAUGGGCUACAAGGCAGACUGGCCUAGUGCGCCCCCGGAACAACUGGUGGCUUAUUUCAAUGUAUUGCAUACGGCGUUCGACAACCGCCUAGCUGUGGCGAUCCUCCGCGUGGCGGGCGGCCUUGACCACGGCACAGCUUGCGAGGACGCGGCGCCCAGCGCGGGCCUCACCACCACCAGCUCCGGCAGCGCGGAGCUAGCAGUGCGGCGCGGGGGACACAUCAUGCACGCCGACUCUGACCUGGACAUCCGCUCCGACUCCCGUCCCUCCAGUGCCGCUAACCUCCACAGUCUUGCAAACAUGACAACGUCUCGUUCCUUCACCAUUUCCGAAAAAGAUACCAAAAAUAAGAAGAAAGAAAAGAAUUUAAUGGACUUCAAAAGACAAAUAAUUUACAAGGCUGCGAAUGGAAUCGAAAUAUCCAAAGAUCAACUCUCUCAAAUGAGCAUAUUCCAGAAGAAACAGGAGUCGGGCACGGUGGACGUGUGGUGGCUGUACGACGACGGCGGUCUGACCAUCCUGCUGCCGUACAUUCUGUCGCAGCGGUCCGCGUGGACAAAUUGCAAGCUGCGGAUCUUCGCGCUGGCCAAUAGGAGGCACGAGAUGGAACUCGAGGAGAGGAACAUGGCGACGUUGCUGUCGAAGUUCCGCAUCGACUACUCGUCGCUGACGAUGGUGCAGGACAUCAGCGAGGCGCCGCAGGAAGCCACCAAGAAACUGUUCGACGACACCAUACGCAAGUUUACCGCGGACAAUGCCAAUGAAGAAUAUUCCAUAAGCGAAACAGAGCUUCUCACCUUAGCGGAGAAGACGAAUCGUCAGCUGCGGCUUCGUGAGUUGCUUUUGGCCAACUCUUCGGAGGCGCGCCUUGUCGUCAUGUCUCUACCCAUGCCGAGGAAGGGCUCGGUAUCGGCUCCGCUGUACAUGGCGUGGCUGGAGAUGCUCAGCCGCGACUUGCCGCCCGUUCUCUUCGUCCGCGGCAACCACACAUCCGUGCUCACCUUCUAUUCUUAAACCUCGCUGUACAACGUAUUCUAUGUUCAUAAUUUACAAUACAAUAAUGGUGAGAUUAUUCACGAACGUUGAAAAGUCACUAUCACUUAUUAGAUUCUUUCUCGUUUAACUUUAAAGUUAGUGAAAGAAGGUUGAGGAUAAGAAAUAGGCCUUUGUGACGUUUGUGAAUAACACUGCGUCAUUGACUAUCCAGUGCCCUAAAUGGCUUCAUUUAUACAUAAGAUUUAGCUAAGUCUUUGCCCCAGCAGCCUAUUUGGCUAAAAAAGUAGGUAUACAAAAUUGAUUAAGCGGAGGUGCUUAAGCAACUACCAUUUCAGGAGACGGAAGUAAGAUCGUUGAUAUACAGCCAUCGCUAAAAUAGAAGAUGGUAAUUUAUGCCCAUCCCAAUCUUAUGUCAAGGAAGUUAUCUUAUACAAUGAUAUUUCCUUGUAUAAUGUGAACUUUAAACAAUUAUUAGUGUAAUUGGCAAAUUUAUAAUUGUUGGCUACGAAUAGGUUAGUUUUUUUUAUAAAUUUGUUUUACACAUUUUCGUUUUAUUAUUUCUGAACAAGUUUGCCAAGAAUUUUAAUUUGCCAUUUUGUAUUUAUUUUUGUCUUAGAAUUCUACUUUCCACAGCAUUCUAUGAAUACAAAUUAUACCUUCAAUGAAAAUACGUACAUCAUCAAAAAGAGAAUGAUUCAUCGAUAAAUACCCAGAUUUGUACUCAAAGGAGUAACACAAUUUAAGUAGUUAGAGCAUUUUUAAUGUAUAAGUAGAUUAGAAAUUCAUGAUAAUUUUAUACAGUGCCGUUAAUUAGUGUGUUAUUUUUAAGAACAAUUUAAAAUGACAUUUUAUAUUUAUUUUUCCUGUUAUAAUAACAAAUAAGUACUACAAUAUAAAAACUACUUGUAAUAUUAUAUGCCAAAAGAAUAUUUUUACUUUCUUUUCUUUUUAUUUAAUUGACCGUACAUGACUUUGUUUGAGUGGGAAAAGAAAAAGUAUUACUGUCAUUCACGGGACAUUUAUAUACUGAACCUGAAUAUUUUGUAGUGUAUGAAUGAGAAAUAGUAUAAGCUCUCUUUAUACUCGUAACAAUGUCGGUAGAUCGAUUGACGACGAACAGUACGUACAAAUUUAAAAAUUAGUUGUACCUAGAGUCUGUAUUGUUUGGUCCUCUGUUUAUUUAAGAGAUACUAACAGUCAGACAAACUAACGUAAAAAAUACGGACAAAAAAUAUUUUAGUUUAA